GAUGCCGUAUUUUGUCAUGAAGAUCUUUGAAGAUUUCCCUGGUAUGUCAGGAAUCUAUCUGGGAACAAUCUUCAGUGGCGCGCUCAGUACAAUAUCAUCAAUCACGAACGGUCUUGCUGCAAACACCAUAGAAGAUAUACUGAAACGCCCAUUUGAGAAGUGCGAGACAUCGGAUUCAGUGAAGCUGCUCACAGCAAAACUAGCAGUGUGGUUUUACGGUGGCGUCUGUAUAGGUUUGGCUUUCCUGUUAAAAGAUUUGCCAGGUACAAUCAUACAGACAGCCUUAGCCCUGAUGGGAGCUUGUGGCGGACCAAUAGUUGGGACGUACUUCCUUGGCGCGCUCUUCCCAUGGACAAAUAAAAUUGGAGCCAUUGUUGGAGUGCUCGUGGCCUAGCCCUGAAUAUAUGGUUGACUGUCGGGGCAACAUUGUACGGCCACCCACCCGUGAAGCUACCCCCAGCCCCUGGAAACUCAUGUGACAACCUCAUCCCUGGUAACAUGACUUCACCAUACACGACGACAACAUCAACCAUCACAAGCACCUUGUCG